CCCGGAGUGAAGCAGACUAUACAGCUCUCUUCCCCGGCUACUCGAUUUGAGUUUUUGUUAUCUUCGGCACCGGACUAUCGGGACAGCAGUCGUCUGACAUGGCUGAGACGCCGCCGAACCAGACCGUGGCGAAGAAUGACAUGGGACCUUACGCAGCGUACGGCGCUAUUGCGGCCACAGGAGUCGCGGGACUCGCACUCCAGUACAUGUUUUCCAAUAAGAAGCCUGUCCUCCCAGUGGUUAAUAUGGACAACCAAUCGCGAGAGAUCGUCAGCGUCGGCGAGCGCGUCAGAAUGUCACGCCUGCUCCCACCGAAUAAGAAGCUCGAUCAUCUGUAUGACGACGCUCGGACCCUGCACGACGUGAUGUUCCGGGGAGCCCGAGUUUCGAAGAACGGGCCAUGUCUCGGCUAUAGAGAGCCCGGCAGCUCGGAGUUCACCUGGAUACAUUAUAAUCAAGUUCUCGAUAGGAACCGCAAUUUCGCAUGCGGCCUCCAAGCGAUCGGCAUCACGCCCGGAAACUCGACGCAUAUCGGAAUUUUCGCAACGAAUUCUCCGGAAUGCAUCAUUGCCGAAAUGGGUUGCUAUUACUUUAGCAUGGUGCUUGUUCCUCUGUACGAUUCAAUGGGCCUGCAGUCGGUCAGCUAUAUCGUCGAGCAGGCUAAUAUCGAAACGGCGAUCUGCGAUACUGUCGACAGAGCGAAUGUCUUGUUGGACCUCAAGAAGGACUGUCCGGCUCUGAGACGCAUCAUCAUGAUGAGACCCAUCGUCGAAGAGCUGCAGAUCAAGGCUGCUGAGGUCCAGGUGGAGCUUUUCCAAUUCUCUCAAGUGGAGUCUAUCGGCGAGAAGAACCUCAAGCACCCGGUUCCCCCGAACAAGGAACAGCUUGCAACAAUAUGUUACACAUCAGGAACCACAGGCAAUCCAAAGGGCGUUAUGCUAACCCACAAGAACAUAAUUGCGAACCUCAGCGCUGUGAUGUUCCAAAUGGGAGAAUGGGCGCCGAACGGCAACGACGUCAUGCUGUCGUUCCUGCCCUUGGCGCAUAUGUUCGAGAGAUGUUGUGAAAUGGCCGUCUACAUGGUCGGAGGAGCGGUCGGUUUCUACUCGGGAGACAUCCGCGGUCUCAUGGAAGACAUGCAAGCAUUGAAACCCACCAUAGCCCCUAUGGUGCCCCGGCUGCUGAACCGCAUACACGACAGCAUAAUUACCGCUGCUCAAGGCUCGAAAAUAGCGAGUUUUAUACUCAAUCAAGCCUUAAGAUCGAAACAAAGCGAGGUCGAGAACUUCCUGAUUCGCAACAACCACCCAAUCUGGGAUCGGUUCGUGUUCAACAAGGUGCAGCAGAAAUUCGGAGGUCGCAUCCGACUGUUUGUUGUUGGCUCGGCUCCUCUGGCUUCGAAUGUUCUCAACGUAGUGAGAUGCGCUCUCGGUUGUAUCAUCGUUGAAGGAUAUGGCCAAACUGAAUGCACCGCUCCGUGUACGCUCACUUUCCCCGGAGACAUUCUUGCGAGUCACGUCGGGCCUCCGCUUGCAUGCUGCGAGAUCAAAGUAGUGGACGUGCCAGAGAUGAAUUACUACGCCUGUAAUGGCGAAGGUGAAGUAUGCGUGAAAGGAAGUUCCGUAUUUGCGGGAUACUUCAAAGACCCCCAAAGAACACACGAAGCUCUGGACGCUCAGGGCUGGCUACAUACGGGGGACAUCGGCAAGUGGUUGGAAAACGGAACCUUGAAAAUCACAGACCGUUUGAAGCACAUUUUCAAGUUGGCUCAAGGCGAGUACAUCGCUCCGGAGAAGAUCGAGAACAUCCUCAUACGGUCGCCGUUCGUCAUGCAGAUCUUCAUUCAUGGCGACAGUUUGAAGUCCUGUCUUGUGGCGGUCGUCGUUCCCGACCCCGAUUAUCUGCUGAAGUGGGCCUCCCAAAAUCGGAUCGGGGGAACCUAUGAGGAGCUUUGCGCCAACAAAGUUGUCAAAAAGUCAAUCCUGGAUGACUUGCUCGUGACCGGGAAGAAGAAUGAUCUGAAGUCCUUCGAGCUCAUGAAGGACCUCUACCUGGAGAGUGAACCGUUCUCCGUCGAGAACGAGCUCCUCACCCCAACGCUCAAAACCAAGCGAGCGUAUGCCAGAGCCAGGUACGCCGCUCAGAUAGAGGAGAUGUACCAUAAUCUUGAUUAGGCGAGAUCAUUCCGAUGUCACGUCAGGCAUUCAAGGGGUUCCGUCGAGUUUCCCGAGCUCCCCCUCACGGCGGAGAAGGAAAGUUCAACGCUAGUCGAAAGGAACUAAAGGAAUAAUCUAACAACGUAGAAAAAUAUGCUUGAGUAUCGUCGCUCAGCUGCUUGUUUUCUCUGUUGGCGAGGAGUAAUCGAGUCAAUCGCUCCAAUCGUCCGUUGAGGAGAGCAUAGAAAUUUUCAGCGUUGUUGUUUUUGACUAGAGAAUAGUCUCUUCCGUAUUUUGAUUCUUACUUUGCUAUGCAAAGGUCAGUAAACUCGGUAGUGAUAAAAUCU